GGUCGACUCCAGAGUUGAUGGGUUUUGUUUGAUCCCAUCCAGUGUAGCGAUGCUUCGUGUUCCAUCAUCGAACAAAACAUCCAGUCCCAUCUCAAUCGGCUAUUCUUCCUUCCCUGAAGAUUACGGCAAACCCACCUUGACAACUCCACUUGCUGGGGACGCCAUCCUCAGCCAUCGGUGGGGGAUUGAUUCUCAUCCUCGAAUUAAAUUUCACCGACUAGCCCGGAUCAGACAAAAUCAAAACCUUUCACCGCCAGCCCCCUUCAUUUCCCUUUCGCACUCAAAUCGCGACUCGCGAUGCUGACAAUCGAUCCACUCUGAAUGGCAUUGGUCGGGCCCACCGCAAGCAAGGAAGCUCCCACUCUCCAGACGAACCAUGAUCUGUGCGAUGAUCGAUCCUCCUUUGGGACCACUGAGAGUCGCCAAGUGGAUCUCCCAAGGGAGCCAGAUGGCCCGACUAUCGAAAUGAUCAUCGCUUGAAUCGGCGCGAUUCAGCUGAGCCGAGAUCUGCAGCCACAAAGGGAGCGCCCUUAGCACAAAUCACAAUUGUUGCGGAGCUGAUGGGUGGUUGCACGGGCAAGAGAAAUGGGGAAUCAUGCAUGAUGAAAGACAACUAGCAAUAGCAGCAGCAGCAGCAUGUUGCUGGUGUGGGAAUUUAAAUUUGUCUGGUCUCGCUGUUUGCGCUCUCCGUCUUCUCCCCUUGAUCCCUCUUUCCCUUCCCUUCUCUCUUGGUUGCUUUCGGCUUCGAUUUAACUUUGCUCUGAUUUGUCUUAUUAUCCUGUCCGGAGCAUUAUGCCGACCCCGAUUCCCAAACCCAAAGGUCUGCCUAUCCUCGGCAACCUUUUUGACCUCGAUGGCAACAACCCCUGGGGCUCGUUCAAUAAACUAUCGACCAAUUAUCGUCCCAUUUUCAAAAUCACCAUCCUUGGUAAAGAUAUUGUGUUCGUGACGGGCGCUGCCCUUCUGGAGGAGAUCUGUGACGAGAAGCGCUUCCGAAAAUGCGUGACCGGCCCGAUUGUCGAGAUUCGCGAUCUUGUUCAUGACAGUCUUUUCACCGCAUUCCAUGAUGAAGAUAGUUGGGGGAUUGCACACCGAAUCAUGGCCCCGCUCGUCUCGCCGGAGGCUGUCGCAAAUGUCUUCUCGGGCAUGCAGGAGACGUCCAAGGAUCUAGUCAGGAAGUGGGCUGCCAACCCUCGACAGCGCGUCAACGUGACAAAUGAUUUGGACCGAGUGAACCAUGCUGCCAAUAUGCUGUGUUUCUUCGACCAACGAGUUCACUGCAUGGAGGGCACCGAACCGUCUCUCAUCAAGGCCAUGGAUAGCUGCACAAGAGAAUCGAUGAAGCGUGCCGCUCGUCCUAGGUUCCUCACCUGGCUUUUCCACCAGAGCAAGUGGGACAAAGACAUUAAGACCAUGCGCGAUUACUGCGCCAGUAUCGUCGCGACCCGGCAAGAGAACCCUACCGAUAAGAAGGACAUGCUCUACGCCCUUCUGCACGGCAAGGAUCCCCAGACCGGCAAAUCCCUGACGGAGAGCCAGGUCCUAGACGAAAUCAUCAACAUCUUCGUCGGCAGUGCCACCGCUCCCAACCUCAUCGCCUUCGCCAUGUACUACCUGAUGAAGAACCCGGACGAGAUCACCAAGGCGCGCGAGGAAAUCGACAACGUCGUCGGCGGGCCCUCGGGCGAGCUCCAACACGACCAUCUCGCCCGCCUGCCCUAUUGCGAAGCCAUUCUGCGCGAGACUUUCCGUCUCUCCGGCGUCGCUCCAGGCUUCAACAUCGAGCCCCUUCCCACCGGCGAAGGCCCCGUAUUGCUCGCCGGCGGCGAAUACGAAGUUCCCCGCACGCAACCCCUCAUCGCCAUCUUGUCCGCCGUGAACCGUGACCCCGCCGUCUUCGAGAACCCCGAGGCCUUCAAGCCCGAGCGCAUGUUCGGCGAGAAAUACGAGCAGCUUCCAGCAGGUGUGAAGAAGGGCUUCGGCAACGGCAAGCGCCAGUGCUUCGGCACGCAAUACGCCUGGGAAUGGUCAUUCAUGGCUCUCGUCACAAUCCUGAAGGACGUGGAAUUCGAGUUCGCUGACACUAAGUAUACCAUGGCCAACGGCGGCGUCAACUAUAACGGGGCGUUCAGCGUGCGGCCGCAGGAAUUCUUCGCCGUGACGGGACCGAGACCAAGGGUUGGCUAGACUGAUACUGUUACUGAAUUUGGCUGGAAUCUGUGAUACCUGCGUUAUAUUAUACCUGUUAUUGACAUGAGAUAUGGGAUACCUGGACUGUAAUGGAUUUGCUGUUUUUGUGUUAGUUCUCAGAGCCUUGUCUGCCUAAUUGAUUCAUUAUCUAUCGAAAAACUUUCUCUCCAAAAACAGUCCUUCAAGCCAGCCUACUCCUCAUCCCUCUGUUUCCCAUCAUGAUCCCCAAAAGAAAACAGUAACCUUCCCCAUCGAAUCGGUAAAGUCGAAGCUGCCUUGACUGGCAAUAAAAAGCACUCAAUCCUCAAAGAUCCUCGAAAGAGCCUAGGGAAGCGGAGCCUUAUAAUUCCG